AUGCUCUGUCUUGCCCUGUUUCUACUUCCUCUCCUCCGAUCCGCCCGGGCAGACGUGACGAUCUACACUACGUUCCCCAACUUUGCCUCCUCUGCUCCUGCUCCCUCCCCUACAGGCCCGUACUCCGGCUUACCAGCAUUCGACCCAACGACUAUCCCCCCUCCCGCACCGCCAAACCCGCCACAGCCGACAGAUGUACCGAUUACGCUAUUUCAGGGGGGUAUGCAGGGGUUGAGCAUACCACAGAUGGGGAACUUGCUCGGGUUCAGUAUUGAGCUCAGCGUCAGUAAUACCAUUAUCGGGAAGAAUAGCAAACUGCUCAACGUUCCCUUCCUCAACUAUCUCAACAAUAUCCGUCUUCGUGCGGGUGCUGGCCCGAUUGUUCGUGUCGGCGGCAAUUCUCAGGAGACUGAGACACUGUUCGUCGACGGUCUUCCCGACGGUUCCGAGCUGGACAAGAUCAAUCAAGGUAUAGGCGCGAACGGGGUAAUCAACACGCCCAUCAUUAACUUCUCCCCUGAGCUCCUCUACUCCCUCGCAAAUAUCAGCGCGCUCGUCGAAGCCCAGUGGUACUUUGGCCUCUCGUUCAACGACACUUCCGCAGAUGGGAACGCGCUCGUGGUCGCCCAGUAUGCGCAGGACAUCCUUGGGAAUAACCUGAUCGCCCUCCAGCUGGGGAACGAGCCAGAUCUGUACAGUAACAACGGCAAAAGAGACCCGAACUACGGCAUCCCGGACUACAUGACCGAUUUUGCAAAGGUCGAGGGGGACUUGAUGGCCGCUUCGGGAGUGCAGAGGAAGGAGACUCUUAUCGGCCCGAGCAUUUGCUGCGAGUGGCAGAUUGAUGAUGUGCUGAGCGCCGGGUAUCUGACGCAGUUCAGCCAGGGCCUCAGGCAGGUGUCGGUGCAGCACUACCCAGCAAAUAAUUGCAAGCUCUUGGGUGUCAUCCAACCCUCUGAUAUCUUCCCGUCUUACCUGAACCACACUGCCGCCCAAACGUUCGUCCAGCCCUACUUAGAUGCAGUCCCCGUGGUCCUCGGCGCGGGAAAACCAUUCGUAAUGCUAGAGACGAACACGGCGAGCUGUGGCGGGUUUUUGGGUGUGAGCGAUAGUUUUGGCGCUACUCUGUGGACCCUGGACUUGGCUUUCCAGCUGGCUUGGGCCAACUUCAGCACUGUGCUGUUGCACACCUCAGGCACGUCGGUGUAUUAUAAUCCGAUCACACCUCCACCAGGCAACGAAACCAGAACGAAGCAAUGGAACACGGGUUCGACGUACUACGCCAUGCUGGCGGUCGCCGAAAUGUUUGGCUCGUCAAACAUCUCACAGAUAAUUGACCUCGGCACCUCGGAGACAUCGAUCUACGCCCCUUCCGAGAAAUGGAACAUCACGUGGGCUGGCCAGACACUCUCCCCGGGUGGUGCCCAGUCCUCCGAUGGUGUACUCCAUGGAUCGCAGAACACGGUCCAGAUCGCGUGCGACACGGCGAACAACGUCUGCUAUAUACCUGUCCCAGCGCCGAGCUUUGCACUCGUGUUCCUCUCACAGCAGGCACUGACGGAUAGUACUUCCCAGUCGGAUGGGAUUGCGGGCAGUGGGGGUGGUGCACCUGGACCGCUAAGCUUCACCCCGACUAGUACAAGGGGUGGGGGGGCGACCGGCGUAGACCCGGGGGUGUUGGCGACGAGUAAUGGGGGAGUGCUCGGAGGCGGCGGUCUGGGUAGCACGAGCAAGGAGGGCGACGCUCGUCUGAACGUCCCCUUUCCCGUGUAUCUGGUGGUAUCUACCUCCGUACUUGGAAUUGUGGGGAUGAUGCUGUUGUGGUGA